AUGCCCACUCGUUGUGAAAUAUGUUGUGAGAUCAUGAUAGCGAUUUUCCUCCCUCCAUUGGGAGUUUGCUUCCGCCAUGGAUGCUGCAGUGUUGAGUUCAUCGUCUGCUUGCUCCUGACUAUACUGGGAUAUAUUCCAGGAAUAAUUUAUGCUCUCUAUGCUAUUGUCUUUGCUGAUCGUGAUCAAUAUUUUGAUGAAUAUAGGCGUCCCCUAUAUGCUGCAUAA